AUGCCUAACGAUAGCGAUGGCCAAUCGAGCUCAAGUUCAGGAUCCAAGAAAAACCCUAUGCGCGGGGAUGUUUCACAGAGUAAUUGGAUGCGCCGACGCCAAAUUGGGUUGGAGGAAGCAUACAAUCAGAUGAAUGACGAAGGGAUCCUCCGGCAUUCCUCAAAGCUUGAUCCGCAUCAGAAGAGUCCAAAGACAAUAGAUUGGCCCUCUACAGAUGGCCACGUAUUUUUGGGCGCACGCUAUGAGCUUGAUUUAGAUCUUCCGAUGCAAGAAAAGACACGUGCAACUAGAGAGCUAGCGUACUUCGAGAGCGAGAGUUCAAUAGGUCAAGCAGAAAGAAGCCCAACACCUGUUGCUAGGCUUCGCCAUUACGCGCCAAGAGAAGACAAAGGAUCUCUGCAGUCAUUUCCAUCUAAUGAAGCUCGUGGAGACGUGAUUAAAAACAAUCUUGUAAGGUCUAAACGUGACCAGUUAAGGAAAGAGCGUAUGUUAGCUAACCAGAGACCCAUAUUUGCAAGAGAUCAUAGUCAGAACCUUGGGCAAAGAAAAAGCAAGCGAAGGCAUCAGGUGUUAUUAGAUGAUGAACCAGAGCCUCCUCCUAACAUACCCCGGGCCUGGACUUCCAGGAAUGCUCAAAUGACAUCAAAAAUGAAGUCGCAUCUAUAA